AUGGGCUUUCUUGACAAAGUGAAGGACAUAGCAAGCAACAACUCCAAUUCUGGCGACAAUGCCAAAGGUGAUUCAGACUUCCUCUCUAAGGCGGAGGGAAUGUUAGGGGACGACAGAAUGAAUCAAAUCAAGGGCAAAGUUGGCAAGGACAAUUUUGACAAGUUCGAAUCUGGUGUGAGGAACCAGUUCUCGAAGACGUCGAUCAACGACGAUAAGGGUAGUAAGAAGAAUGACGAUUCUUACGGAAACGAUUCGUACGGAAGUAAGAAGAAUGACGAUUCUUACGGAAACGAUUCGUACGGAAGUAAGAAGAAUGACGAUUCUUACGGAAACGACGAUUCUUACGGAAAGAGCAGUAAGAAGAGCGACAGCUCUUAUGGAAACGACUCCUAUGGAAGCAAGAAGAAUGACGAUUCAUACGGAAACGACUCCUACGGAAGUAAGAAGAAUGACAGCUCCUACGGAAACGAUUCUUACGGAAACGACUCCUAUGGAAGCAAGAAGAAUGACAGCUCUUAUGGCGAUGAUUCGUACGGUAGUAAGAAGAAUGACGAUUCUUACGGAAACGAUUCCUACGGAAGUAAGAAGAAUGACAGCUCCUACGGAAACGAUUCUUACGGAAACGACUCCUACGGUAGCAAGAAGAACGACAGCUCUUACGGAAACGACUCCUACGGUAGCAAGAAGAACGACAGCUCCUACGGAAACGACUCCUAUGGUAGUAAGAAGAAUGACAGCUCUUAUGGCGAUGAUUCGUACGGUAGCAAGAAGAACGACAGCGACUCCUAUGGUACUAAGAAGAAUGACAGCUCCUACGGAAGCGAUUCUUACGGAAACGACUCCUACGGUAGCAAGAAGAACGACAGCUCCUACGGAAACGACUCCUAUGGUAGUAAGAAGAAUGACAGCUCUUAUGGCGAUGAUUCGUACGGUAGCAAGAAGAACGACAGCUCCUACGGAAACGAUUCUUAUGGAAACGACUCCUAUGGUAGUAAGAAGAAUGACAGCUCUUACGGAAACGAUUCUUACGGAAACGACUCCUAUGGAAGCAAGAAGAAUGACAGCUCCUACGGAAACGAUUCUUAUGGAAACGACUCCUACGGUAGUAAGAAGAACGACAGCUCCUACGGAAACGAUUCUUAUGGAAACGACUCCUAUGGUAGCAAGAAGAACGACAGCUCCUACGGAAACGACUCCUACGGAAACGACUCCUACGGAAACGACUCCUACGGAAACGACUCCUACGGCCGCAACGACAAUUCCAACCGUAACAACGACUCUUACAACUCCUACAAUUGA